UGUAUCAAAUUGCUCUGUCCUUAUUUGCUCAAUUCGCACGUAGAGGGUUUUUGAUUGCCAGGGUUUUUAUUUAUUAUUAUUUCUUUUCUUUUUUUCACAUUCUGCUGUAUAUAAUAGAAUUUUGUGUUUUCACUUUACCCUUUCCUUUAUUAUAUAUAUAUAUGGGUUACACUUCCACACACAUAUCAGUGAUAUUUUGGUACAUUUUAAUUUUCCAAAACACUAACUGAAUUCCUUCUUCUUCUUUUUUUUUUUUUCUUUUUUUUUUUUUUUUUUUUAAUUUUAAACACCAACUGAAUGUCUCAAGUUUCCUAAUUCAAUCUUUUCUAUUUUUUUCUGAAGAUGGAUGCUGGAUCAUUUUACAUACCCAAGCACUUGACGGCCCCAGGGCAGGAUGUCCAUUUCAUUUGUUCGGAGCAGAAAACAAUUGGAGUUGCAGAUGGCGUUGGUGGUUGGAGCAAGAAGGGUGUGGACGCAGGCUAUUAUGCGCGACAAUUAAUGGCUAAUACUGUGACAGCAAUUUGUGAUCAAAUCGAAGGACCUAUUGAUCCAAAGACUGUCUUGAAUGAAGGGUUCUUAAACACUGAGCUCAAAGGAUCCUCCACUGCUUGCAUUAUAACCCUCACAGGCAAUAACUUGCAUGCUGCGAACAUUGGAGAUAGUGGCUUUUUGCUGCUAAGAGGUGGUGAAGUUGUAUAUCAAUCACCAGUGCAGCAGCAUAGAUUUAACUGCCCAUAUCAGCUGGGAAACAACAAUGAUUCCCCCAGCUCAGCGCAGGGUAGUGCUAUUAUUAAUCUAUUGUUAUUUAGGCUCAAUAUUAAUACGGGUCAAAUUGGGAUUGUUGUCCCCUGAAGAAGACAUUCUUUAGAAUACUAGUUGGAUAUAUAACAUAUAUAGUUCUUUUUAUUUUUAACAUUUUGAUUUGGUACUAAUUAUAAAUAUUUGGUCCACAGGAGCUCACCAUUUCAUUAAAACUCGGAGAUGUCAUUUUUGUUGGAAGUGAUGGGUUGUUUGACAAUGUGCAUACAAGUGAGAUUGAAGAAUUGGUGAAACAUGGUGUGGAAGAAGAGUACACCCCACAACAAUUAGCUUGGUCUCUAGCGUGGUUUAGUCACAGUUAUUCUAUCGACAGAUUUAGUUCUAGUCCAUUCGAAAUUGCCGCCCAGGAGACAGGAAUGGAAUACAUGGGAGGUAAAGUUGAUGACAUCACUGUCAUUGUUGCUUAUAUCAGACCAAUGGACUGGUUCUAACUUUCUGCAGCAACAAAAAGAAAAAAGGAAAAAAAAAAAAGGAAGAAGAAGAAUGCUAAUACUAUAUAUAACAUGACACUCGACAGUAUAGGAGUUUUUGAAUAGAAGUUCAAGUGAAUUUUUGCUUAUAAUUAAGUUGAUUCGUGUAAUUGUUCCAAAUUGUUGGUUGGUCUGUGUGGAUAUUUACAAUGGCAGAAAUGUAUCAAAUUACCAAUUUUUUUUUUAAUUAGAUGUGAAUUUUUUUUUAUUUUAUGUGAUGAUAUGAGAUAUUCUUGCCCAUUUUUCAGAAUGUGAGAUGUGUUGAAUGUUGAUGCUCUUGUUUUGCUUCAUUGUAUAUCUACUCUUUAUGGGUUAUUUGUAUAUUAAAAAGAGAAGUCGAAUAAGGAUAGUAUAAACCAGUUUAAUCCAUUAAAUGGCACCCUGUUCUGUUGUCAAACUCCAGAGCUGAAUUUGGUCC